GAGGCUUGGCGGUGUAUAAGAACUAAGAAGAACAGCAUCUAAUUAUUCUUGCUCGGUAAUUCGGAAUCUGCCGAAGUCGUGGCCAAAGACGGCCUCUCUCUCUCUCUCUCUCUCUCUCUGUCUCCCUGCAAUCUUUGCCCCGAGACACAAGCAUACAGCGGCGUUUUGGGAUAGCUUCCAUUUCCAAGCUCACCCUUUUCUCAGAGGUUCAACACAUAAUUUUCUCCAUAUCUUUGGCCUUCUUUAGGUAUCAAAAAGACCAGGGAAUGCUGAAAGAUGUGCUUGAAAGUUGAGAAUUCCUUCUCUAAGGAUGAUGAAGUUGUUGCUUCUUCUGGGCUGCCCUUUUUUAUACUUGAUGACAUCGGUUGUUUAACUUACAUCCCACCACGGUUCUGUUCCCAAAUUCCCUAUGCAGCUAUAAAUUUAAGAGAACACACCAUUUCAAAACAUGAUGUCUGUGAAGAUGGUUGAGCUUUUAUGUUGUUGAGAUCAGUUCUUCUUUCGUACAUACCUAUAUCUAGAUAUUGCACUAGCAGGUAAAAGAAAGUUUUGCUUCAAACAAUAAUAGUGCCUGGCAUGGAAAACAAAGAGAUUAUAUUGAUGCAACGGUAUGAAUUAGGGAGACUACUGGGCCAAGGUACCUUUGCCAAGGUUUACUAUGCAAGGAACCUUAAAACUGGCAUGGGUGUGGCCAUUAAGGUAAUCGACAAAGAGAAAAUCUUGAAGGUUGGGAUGAUUGAGCAGAUUAAGCGGGAAAUUUCUGUCAUGAGAUUGGUUAGACAUCCACAUGUGGUGGAGCUUUAUGAGGUAAUGGCCAGCAAAACCAAGAUUUACUUUGUUAUAGAAUAUGCUAAAGGUGGUGAGCUCUUCAGCAAGGUGGCUAAAGGGAAGCUCAAGGAGGACGUUGCUAGAAGAUAUUUCCAACAGUUGAUCAGUGCUGUUGAUUACUGCCAUAGUCGAGGCGUGUAUCACCGGGAUUUGAAGCCAGAAAACCUACUGUUGGAUGAGAAUGGGAAUCUAAAAGUUUCAGAUUUUGGAUUGAGUGCCCUUGCUGAAUGUAAGCGUCAAGAUGGGUUGCUCCAUACAACCUGUGGGACCCCUGCAUAUGUUGCUCCAGAAGUGAUUAAUAGAAAAGGCUAUGACGGAUCCAAAGCUGAUAUUUGGUCUUGUGGAGUGGUUUUAUUUGUUCUGUUGGCUGGUUAUCUCCCAUUUCAUGAUUCAAAUCUGAUGGAGAUGUAUAGGAAGAUUGGUAAGGGUGAAUUUAAAUUCCCUAACUGGUUUGGCCCCGAAGUUCGAAGGUUGUUGUCAAAGAUCUUGGAUUCAAACCCAAGUACCAGGAUAUCCAUGACAAAGAUAAUGGAUAAUUCUUGGUUCCGGAAGGGUUUAGACCCCAAACGCCGAGAUAUUCAUUCGGAAGGGAAAGAACCUGCCCCACUGGAUGCCGAUGAAGUUUUUAGACCUAAUGAGAAUAACUGUUCCGCCACAGAAUCAAAGCAAGAAUUGGCAAGGCCUUGUAACUUGAAUGCUUUUGAUAUCAUCUCCUUUUCUGCAGGCUUUGACUUGUCUGGUCUGUUUGAGGAGACUGACCAGAAGAAAGAGGUGCGAUUUACGUCCGACAAACCUGCCUCGACCAUAAUCUCUAAGCUGGAAGACAUUGCCAAGCGACUGAGACUGAAAGUGAAAAAGAAAGAUGGAGGGUUGUUGAAAAUGGAGGGGUCCAAGGCAGGCAGGAAAGGGCUCUUGGGCAUCAACGCCGAGAUCUUUGAGAUCGCGCCACUUUUCCAUUUGGUGGAGAUGAAAAAGUCAAGCGGAGAUACUCUGGAGUACCAAAAAAUGCUGAAACAGGACAUUAGACCAGCUCUCAAGGACAUUGUUUGGACAUGGCAAGGGGAGCAGCAGCAGCAGCAGCAGCAAGAAGUAGGGCAACAAGAACAACAGGUUGCAUCGCCUUCAAAUCCAUAGAAGUAGGUGUAUCUCAUGCAUUGCCUGUAAUUAGGGUCUGUACUUGUCAUUUUCUUUAAUUUUUUCUUAGAAGUUUGUGAUUCGGACUAAAGAAAACGAUUACACCAAACGAGAAGAAAGUAAUUCUAGAACCAGGCAUCUAAUUUUCUGUAAGUAGUAUGGCCGCUUGCAACUUAAUGCACCCCUCCCUAUAGAUAUCGUUUAGUUCAUUUCAUAUAGCAGCUUAGUCCAUAUAGAUAUUUUGCCUACUGCUAUUGUAGCUGAAGGAACAUUAGCAGCACAAGCAGACUGUAUGUGGAAGCAACUUGUUGUAAGUGUGAUUAUUCACCUUUUUUGAUAAAUUUUUGGUUCAACGUGGAGAAAUCGGAAUUUAUUAUGUAUAA